GAUAGAGUAGAGUUGGUGCAAGGGAGUUUGAGUGGGAGAUAGGGACUAGCGUGCCCCAUCACAGCACAGGGACCAGGGACGGCAGCACAGACACUCACACCCCCAUCUUCCUCCUCCUCCCCCCCCGACUAAAACAGCUCCUCCGCGGCCAAACAAGUCCUGCAACACCCGGCUACCCCUCAGACAGCACCGGCCAGCACACAGGCUACUACUCUAUAACGCCGUCCGGAGGAAAAGGGAAAAACUCCCCCAGCUUCAAAACUGUUACACCACGUUUUAAAAGUGGACCUCACACCUCCUUACUUCUUGGACAUGGGCGAUAUGGGGGAUCCGCAGAAAAAAAAGCGGCUGAUCUCGCUGUGUGUCGGCUGUGGGAACCAGAUCCACGACCAGUAUAUUCUGCGGGUCUCUCCGGACCUCGAGUGGCACGCUGCCUGUUUGAAGUGUGCGGAGUGUAAUCAGUAUCUGGACGAGUCUUGUACCUGCUUUGUCCGAGACGGGAAAACCUACUGUAAAAGAGACUAUGUCAGGUUAUACGGGAUAAAGUGCGCUAAAUGUAACAUCGGUUUCAGCAAGAAUGACUUCGUGAUGAGAGCUCGCUCCAAGGUGUACCAUAUCGAGUGUUUUCGGUGUGUGGCCUGCAGCCGACAGCUCAUCCCGGGGGACGAGUUCGCUCUGAGGGAGGAUGGCUUGUUCUGCCGGGCCGACCAUGAUGUCGUGGAGCGGGCCACAAUGGGCUCCGGCGAUCCCCUCAGCCCCCUCCACCCGGCCCGACCUUUACAAAUGGCAGACCCAAUAUCAGCCAGACAGCCCGCGCUCCGACCGCACGUCCACAAACAACCGGAGAAGACAACACGCGUCCGGACUGUUCUUAACGAAAAACAGCUCCACACGUUGCGAACCUGCUACAACGCCAAUCCCCGACCAGACGCUCUGAUGAAGGAGCAGCUUGUCGAGAUGACCGGUCUCAGUCCCCGAGUCAUCCGGGUCUGGUUCCAAAACAAGCGUUGCAAGGACAAGAAGAGGAGUAUUCUGAUGAAACAGUUACAGCAACAACAGCCCAACGACAAAACGUUUCUCUGGGACUAUCUGCAGAAUAUCCAGGGAAUGACGGGCACUCCGAUGGUAGCGGCCAGUCCGGAGAGACACGACGGUGGUUUACAGGCUAACCCAGUGGAAGUGCAGAGUUACCAGCCGCCUUGGAAGGUCCUCAGUGACUUUGCGCUACAGAGUGAGAUCGACCAGCCCGCGUUUCAACAACUGGUCAAUUUCUCGGAAGGAGGCCCUGGUUCCAACUCGACAGGGAGCGAAGUUGCCUCGAUGUCAUCCCAACUUCCAGAUACACCCAACAGCAUGGUUUCGAGCCCUAUAGAGGCGUAGGGCCUCGCUGACCGACUGUAGACUACGUUAGACUAUUGUCAUAUUUCUGACUGAUGACGAGUCUAUGUUAGUUGGACAAAGGCCGAACUGACUGAAAAACCGAAAGAAAAAAAACACUUGACUCGGGGGUGGAAAGAAACAAAAUGUCACUCUUGUUGAUUUCAUUCGAACUGAGAGAUAAGAGAGAAUCCCUCUCCUCCAACUGCACGAAGCCUCUUUAACAACUACUGGUUGUAGUUUUACACUGUGAAGACAAUCAUGGGAUUUAUUACCCGAGCUAGAUCUGUCCAAGCGUCCGUCAUACGUCCGUCUGUCCACUCGCCGCAAAACAACCCUGGAGAGAAGAGGAGGAGAGAGAGGACCAUGGUGUAGACUAGAAGAAGAAGCGUGUUACAAGGAGCGGUGGAGAGCGCAUCUGCCUGCAUCAUAACGUGUCUGCGACUCAUGCGACUCAUGCGUAACGAGAUGUAUAGAUUUCAUUACUUCAUCCAUGACUGGUGCUGCCCGUUGGAAAUGCCUGUUUACAGUUUUGCCAAAAAAAAAGAAUACAGAAAACACCAUACAUACACUUCGACAAAAAACCCCUUGGACCCCAUGGACCUCUAGGAAAAAUACAAACUUUAUUAUUGAAGAUGAAAUCUGAAAUCUUGGCUACAUUUGCGCAUUGUUGUGCGCGAUGUUUGAAUAUACAAACAAAUGACUGUCUGCCAUUUCGGUUUCUCUAAAAUAGCUUGACUUGAGAUUCGCCCGCUGAUAUGACGACGUUUGGAGGGGAUUGCAAAUAAUGCUUUUCCAUAGUUUUGUUAUUAUCUCCUUGAUAAAGCCCAAGUAGGUCUACUAAAGCAUUGCAACAAGGUAUACCUCUAUUAUGCCACAAGCUUCGUGGGACUAUUGUGUGUGAGUUUGUGUCCGUCCAAUAAUAUUGUUUUCUUUCCCAAAGAUGUGUAUAGUACUAAGUUAUAAAGACCGUUAGCUCUGAAAAAAAAAAACAGUUUUUUUUCUCGUUAAUUCCUGUACAACAAAAUUAUGCUUAAUUUAUCGUCGGAAGACUUGCCACUUUUUUUUUGUGUAACCUUCUAUACUGAAGUAAAAAAAGAAAAAAGAUUGUAUCGUGUUUUCUGAAUUAUCUAUCCAAAUUGUAUGUGUCCUGUCCCUUUCUUAAAUAUUAUUAUGUAAAUCAACAUCACAUGUAGAAAUAUAUCUCCAGGAUUAUUUCACUAAUAAACAUGGACUUUAAUGUAAACCAUA